GGUGUACUGCGUUUGCACACUCUGAUAUGUCAUCAGCUCGUGGAGUACCUGAACUGUAUAAAAGCUGUCACUGGGUAACAGCCAGACAGUCAUUCUCUGUUAAGGCUUUCAGGUCUGUUGCAGCCAUGUUGGUCUUCUCUUGGUCUCUCGUAACCCUGCUGCUGGUGUCCUCUUCAUGGGCCGAGGAAGAUGUUGCUGAGGAGGAAACAUCCAGGGAGCUUUCUGUUAGUGAGCUGCUGGAGAGAGCCAAUAGAGACCGCACCCCUGACUUGGACGAGCCCAUCCUGAUCGGUGGCGACAUCGCUAUCAAGUCUGAAGCCGACAGAAACGCUGACCCCUGCACCUCCAGAGGCUGCCUGUGGAGAAAGCAGACUGAUGGAAAGGUCUACAUCCCCUACUUCAUCGCCAACCACUACUCCUCCCGAGAGCUGUCCAUCAUCACUCGCGGAAUGGAGUCCUUCUCCUCGGUGUCCUGCAUCCGCUUCAGACCCUACCAGAACGGAGAUAAUGAGUGGCUGAGCAUCGAGUCUAGGGACGGCUGCUACUCCUACGUGGGCCGUCAGGGCAACGCUCAGACUGUGUCUCUGGCCCGUAGCGGAUGCAUCUACCACGGCACCGUACAGCACGAGCUGCUCCAUGCUCUGGGCUUCAACCACGAACAGACCCGCUCCGACAGGGACAACCACAUCAGAGUGGAGUGGGCGAACAUCAUCGAUGGCAUGGAUUACAACUUCGAGAAGAUCGCCACCCUGAACCAGGGAACUCCUUAUGACUACGGCUCUGUCAUGCAAUAUGAGAGGUAUGCCUUCUCCAAGAACAACCGUCCCACCAUGGUGCCCAUUCCCAACAGCAACGUGGCCUUCGGCCAGGCCACCCAGAUGAGCAGGAAUGACAUCGAUAGGCUGAACAGGCUGUACAAGUGCUAAACUGCACGUGACCUUUGCCCCGCCUUCCUGACGACAUCACGGAAACGGAUGAGGGUUUCGAGUGGAUGGUAGUUUGGGUUGUCCUGUAACAAUAAACGUGCAGGCUUCAUAAGCAUCAAA